UAUCUGAUCUGAUACAAAACAAGUGCCAAAUCUGUAAUCAUCCACAAAACAGGCAAAAGCUUAAAACUUUGCCACCAAUUCGGAGACCCAGUUGCCGGAAGUCCAAUUUUCCGGCGAGAUUCCGGCCAAAAAUGGCGGUGGACAGUGAAAAAACGGGCUCUGAUGGGAAAGUUUGGAGCUUUUGUAGCAUGCCAUUUUGGCAAACAACUCAUGCUUCUUCAUCUUCUUCUUCAACAUCUUCUAUGCAUAGUGUUCACAAUCAAAGCCAGAUUCUUCAGUCUCUUGAUAGAUCAACUCAGCAACCUUCGAACUCUGUUUCUUCAGUAGCAAAGUCUUUUCUCCCUACAAGGAGAAGAUUCCGUCUUGAUCCUCCCAACAAGCUCUAUUUUCCAUAUGAACCAGGUAAGCAAGUUAGGAGCGCCAUCGCAAUUAAAAACACUUGCAAGUCUCAUGUGGCUUUCAAGUUUCAAACAACUGCACCCAAGAGUUGUUAUAUGCGCCCUCCAGGUGGUAUUCUUGCGCCUGGUGAAAGUAUAAUUGCAAUUGUGUUUAAGUUUGUGGAGCCACCAGAGAACAAUGAGAAACCAAUUGACCAAAAAAGCAGGGUUAAGUUUAAAAUUAUGAGCUUAAAAGUGAAAGGUGAAAUGGACUAUGUACCAGAACUGUUUGAAGAGCAAAGGGAUCAUGUAGCAGUGGAGCAAAUUUUGCGUGUGGUUUUUCUGGACCCUGAAAUCCCUAGCAUUGCUCUGGAUAAGCUUAAACGACAACUGGCCGAGGCUGAGGCUGCAUUGGAAGCAAGAAAGAAGCCCCCAGAGGAGACAGGUCCUCGAAUAGCUGGGGAAGGACUUGUUAUAGAUGAAUGGAAAGAAAGAAGAGAAAGAUACCUGGCUAGGCAACAGGUGGAAGUGGUUGAUUCAAUGUAAAGUAUUUCUUUAUUUUUUUGGUUGUGCCCUGAAUUGUUCUCGUUUUAUGUUCAGAAAUUGAAGUCCUUGGCCACGAUCUAUCAAAUGUGAUUGAGUGACCUUGCUAAGUUCUCCAAAUACAUAUUGUGAAAGCAUUUCUUUUUUCUAUUUUGGUAGCAUGUUUGUGGUGUUAAGAUACUUAUGCGCAUGUUUGUAGACGGAUAUCUCUUUGUCUGUUUGAAAUGAAAUUGAUCUUCGU